GUGUGUCUAGAGAGACGAUACCAACGUUGUAUGUGUGAAGAAGUGCUCCAGUAAAGUAAUAAGUUGUUUACCAUUUCGUUAUCAUUUAUUCGAGUUAACAUUGGUAGCAGAGGAUGUCGUCGAAAAACUACAAAGUACCACCGUUGUUUGAUGAAAAAAAGUCCUAUGAAAGUUGGAAAAACGAAGUUGAAAUUUGGAAGCUAGUUACCGAGCUAGAUAAGAACAAACAGGCUUUGGCGGUUGCCCUGUCGCUAUCAGGAAGAGCAAGGAACGCAGCCCUGGAAAUAGCUGCGGCAGAUUUGAACAAAGAUAAUGGACUGACAACGCUUUUGCACAAAUUGGAUACCGUGUUUUUGAAAGAAGAGAAAGACCGCCAGUAUGAUGCGUACACGGAGUUCGACAACAUCAAAAGAGAGACUAACGUUUCGAUGCUGGACUACAUUAUUGAAUUCGAAAGGAUUUACAACAAGAUGAGUCACUAUUGUGUGAACAUAAGAGCUGAGGAUUAUCUCAAAAACAAUGGGAUCCAAAAUGAGGAAGAAAUUCUGACUGUAACUGAAAAUAUGACAACACAGGAAAAACAGAAGACUCUGCUAAAGCUACACAAACAAUUUGGACAUGCCUCAGUGGAGAAACUGAAAAGACUACUGGACUCUGCAGGUAACCAUGAUGAUGAAUGCAUUGCAAUUCUCAAAAACAUUGUUAGCAAUUGUGAAACAUGCAUUAGAUACUGCAGACAAAAGCCCAAGCCCGCUGUGGGCUUACCCAUGGCUUCAACCUACAAUGAGACAGUUGCUGUGGAUUUACAUGAGUUAGAACACGGAGUUUGGUACCUGCAUGCCAUUGACCACUUCACACGCUUCAGUGCGGGGAGUAUUGUCACAACCAAGAAACCUACAGAAAUUGUGAAGCAUCUCAUUCACUGCUGGAUAAGUGUACAUGGGCCUCCUCAUAGGCUGUUUAGUGACAAUGGAGGUGAAUUUAACAAUGAAGAAAUGAGGGAUAUGGCUGAGAAAUUCAACAUUGAACUCAAGACCACUGCAGCCUACAGCCCAUGGAGCAAUGGUCUCUUGGAAAGACAUAACCAAACCCUCACUGAAAUCCUGUUAAAAAUAAAAAAGGACAAUGGAUGUAGUUGGGGAAUGGCUCUGGAUUGGGCUUUGAUGGCAAAGAAUUCAAUGCACAAUGUACACGGCUACAGCCCAUACCAACUUGUGUUCGGCCAAAACCCAAACAUGCCGGCCGUCCUGAUCAACAAGCCACCAGCCCUUGAAACGACACAAAAUAACUACUUGGCUCAGCAUAUUACAACUUUACAUGCUGCACGGCAAGCCUUUACAGAGGCAGAAUGUUCAGAGAGGAUCCAACGAGCCCUUCGUAAACAACUGCGGGCGAAUGAUGAUCGAUAUGAAACCGGGGACAAAGUGUACUACAAACGGGCUGACUGUACGGAGUGGAAAGGUCCAGGUGUGGUCAUUGGCCAAGACGGUGUGGUGAUCUUUGUGAGGCACGGCGGCACCUAUGUCCGUGUACAUCACUCCAGACUGCGAAAGGUUGACACUCAAGAAACCGUAUUGGAAGAUAUGGAAACUCAGCAAGCAGGAACCCAAGGUCAAACAACGUUACAACACUCUGGACUCAAUUAUGAAGACGACACAGAAAGUUUGGAGGAAAUGGCUACAAAUGAUGACUCACCGGACUUGGACAACAACACAGAGGCUCCUCUUCCUUUAUAUCAUCCUGAGCAGGGUACGUGUGCACAAACUGACACCAGUGCAACUCCUGAAAGUCUGCAGCUGAAAGCUGGACAAGUAGUGUCAUAUACAGACAGGGAAAGUGGACAAAUAAUGACAGGAAAGAUUCUUGGCCGUGCAGGAAAGGCUACUGGAAAAAACAGAGAUUGGUACAACAUGCAGUACAGUGGACCAGACAGCAUUGCUGGUACUACAGGAUCAGUUAAUCUGAGUCAGAUGGACAAUGUUCACAUGGCUCCAUCCGAGCAUGCUGACCUGUGCGCAGACAGUUAUGAAGAGGACAUUCUUCUGAUGAACGAUGAUGUUUUUCAUUCUGCAAAGCAAGCUGAACUGGGUAACUGGAAGAGAAAUGAUGUCUUUGAAGAAGUGAGAGAUGAGGGUCAAAGAUGCAUCUCAACACGGUGGGUGUGUACACUUAAAGAGACUCCUGAUGGUGUUGCGCCUAAAGCCAGACUAGUUGCUAGAGGUUUUGAAGAAAUAAAGACAGAAGAGCUGCCAAAGGACUCCCCUACAUGUGCUUCUGAGUCUCUGAGGAUGAUCAUGGCCAUCAUCUGCCAAAGAAAAUGGCAACUGAAUUCUAUGGACAUUAAAGCAGCCUUCCUACAAGGAAAAGAAUUGACUCGAAACAUCUACAUACGUCCACCACCAGAGGCUCAGAGCCAAGGCAUUCUGUGGAGACUGAAGAAGUGUGUUUACGGACUAGCAGAUGCUUCUCUUUAUUGGUACAAUAAAGUGAAAGACACUAUGUAUCAAUUGGGAGCUGUACUGUCACAAGUUGACCCAGCAGUCUUCUACUGGCUGGAUGAUUCCUGUAACGUCAUGGGAGUCCUCGCUUGCCAUGUAGAUGACUUUGUCUGGGGAGGUUCAGAAAUGUUCUCCACAACAGUUAUACCACGCUUGAAAGCAGCCUUCCAAGUAAGCCGAGAAGAGCAUAACACCUUCAGCUACAUUGGAAUAGAGUUCAAUUCUUUGAAUGAUGAGAUACAGGUACAACAGAGUACUUACAUACAGAAUCUGCAACCCAUUCCAGUGCAUCCAGUCAGAGCUACUCAGCGAGAGGCGUCUCUAACAGACAAAGAAAUUGACAUGUUGAAGUCAAAGAUCGGCCAAAUUCUAUGGGUCGCAAGACAAACAAGGCCUGAUGUAAUGUGUGAUGUAUCCAUCCUGGCCUCCAGUACAAAACAUGCAACUGUUCAGACCCUGCACUGUGCAAAUAAACUGAUCAGGAAACUAAAAUCUGAUGAAGUGACCUUGAAGUUCCAGCACCUAGGAAAAGAUAGCUCCACGAAGUUAGUAGUGUUCAGUGAUUCUUCAAUGGGCAACCUUCCAGAUGGAGGAACUCAGGGUGGGCAUCUGAUCCUGCUUAUGGGAGAAAAUGGAAGAUUCUCACCUAUAUGCUGGCAAUCAAGAAGAAUCAGAAGAGUGGUCAGAAGCACUUUGGCAGGAGAGACUUUGGCUCUUGCAGACGGCAUUGACAAUGCAAUAUUCUUAUCUACACUGUACUCAGAACUUACUGUAGGUGACUGCAAGCACAGCGGUCUACCUAUUGUAUGUGUAACUGACAACCAGUCAUUGCUAGAUGCUGUCAAGUCCACAAAAUCAGUCACUGAAAAACGACUGCGUCUUGAGAUCAGCAACAUCAAGGAGCUCCUUCAGUCUGGUACCAUUCAGCACAUCAUGUGGUCAGCUACCAAAGAACAACUCGCUGACUGCUUGACAAAGAAAGGAACAUCGGCACUUGUCCUGCUGAGGGCUCUCAGCGAAGGUGUAUGGCGACUUAAGGAAUGAGAGGACUAAAUAAUUAAUCAACCGGACUGAUGUUACAUGUUUGACAUAAAGUUUUGAUAUUUGAACUGUUCAGUUAAAAUUAGGAACUGUGUUGUUUUCUUUAAAGAAAAAAGGGGAGUUUGUUAAGUGUAACUGCGCAUGCGCGGGCCUGGGGUAGUGUGUCUAGAGAGACGAUACCAACGUUGUAUGUGUGAAGAAGUGCUCCAGUAAAGUAAUAAGUUGUUUACCAUUUCGUUAUCAUUUAUUCGAG